AUGCGAGAAGACGCGAGAUGGGGAGGAGGCCUAGAUCACCCCGCACAAGCUCCAGUCCGGUUUUUGCCUCCGACUGCUUGCUCCGUCCCCACCCUCUGUCCCUCGCCCCGCCCCGCCCCGCCCCCCACCUUGGGGCAGGUGAGCCGCGGCCAAUGGGCGGGCUCGGGGCAGGUGCCCGCUAACUCUCGCCUCGCCUCGCGGUGGCCGAGCCAGGGCUGGACAGUGCUGGGAGGACCGGGGGCGGGGGUCGGUCCUGGCUGGACUCGGGAGGGAGGGGGCCGGGCUCAGCCCCCAGGCCGUAGAGGCAGCUCGCAGCAUCGCACGGAGCCCGCUCCAGUGCCGGCGCCGGGAGCUGCCCGCUCGGCCGCAGAGGCCGGCGAGCCUAGCUGCGCGCCGUGGCCCGACUCUCCGUUCACUGGCCCGCACACCCCUCGCCUCUCCGCGCCUGGCUCGUGGGCAGGGGCUGAGCGCGGGCGGGCGGGCGGGGGAGGUGAGGGGUGCUGGUGUGUGUGCAUGUGCCUGGCUGGGUGCACACCCCGCACGGCGGCGGCGCCAGGACGCGGAGCGCUCCCCAGCGCCCGGCUGCCUCGCUCGGCUCUGGCGGCCGCGACCAUGUUCCAGCCCACAGCCAAGCGCGGCUUUACCAUCGAGUCUUUGGUGGCCAAGGACGGCGGCACCGGCGGGGGCACUGGCGGCGGGGGUGCAGGCUCCCAUCCCCUGGCGGCGGCCGCCUCGGAGGAGCCGCUCCGGCCCACGGCGCUCAAUUACCCUCACCCCGGCGCGGCCGAAGCGGCCUUCGUGAGCGGCUUCCCCGCCGCCGCGGGCGCCGGCCGCUCGCUCUACGGCGGGCCCGAGCUCGUGUUCCCCGAGGCCAUGAACCAUCCUGCGCUGACCGUGCACCCGGCGCACCAGCUGGGCGCCUCCCCGCUGCAGCCCCCGCACUCCUUCUUCGGCGCCCAGCACCGGGACCCUCUGCACUUCUAUCCCUGGGUGCUGCGAAACCGCUUCUUCGGCCACCGCUUUCAGGCGAGCGACGUGCCCCAGGACGGGCUGCUUCUGCAUGGCCCCUUCGCGCGCAAGCCCAAGCGGAUCCGCACGGCCUUCUCGCCCUCGCAGCUUCUGCGACUGGAGCGUGCCUUCGAGAAGAACCACUACGUGGUGGGCGCCGAGCGGAAGCAGCUGGCCGGCAGCCUCAGCCUCUCCGAGACGCAGGUGAAGGUGUGGUUCCAGAACCGGAGGACAAAGUACAAGCGGCAGAAGCUGGAGGAAGAGGGGCCCGAGUCGGAACAGAAGAAGAAGGGCUCUCACCACAUCAACCGGUGGCGCAUCGCCACGAAGCAGGCCAGCGGGGAGGACAUCGACGUCACCUCCAAUGACUAGGGUGGGCGGUCACAACCCACGAGGGCGGAGUGCUGCUCGCUGCUGGCCAGGCCCCUCGGUGGGCCCGGCAGGACUCUGGCCGCUCCUUGGCCAGGCUGCGUGGAAGCCUCAGGUCACGGCCCCAGAGGGCUUGGAGCCUGGGGCCACCACCGACAGAGGGACAAGAAAUGGGCUGGCUGAGGCCCGGGACUGCUCGACCUUCUCCUCAGAGAGCCUGCCUGCCUGAGCAGGCCGCAGGCCACUGCAGCCUCCCAGCCAGUCUCCAUUUCUCUUAUCUCCUUUUUGUUUUGAUGCGUUUCUGUUUUAAUUUAUUUUCCAGGCACCCGCUGUAGUUCUUAGUGAUCCCCUUGUGUCUCCCUUCCCUAUGGGAAUAAUAAAAGUCUCUCUCUUAAUGA